GCCGGGCUCCUGCCGGCGCUGGGCCUCCUCCUGCAGCUCCUCGCCGCCCGGGCCCGCGUCCACCACCUCACCCUCAAGGACGAUGUGAGGCAGAAAGUUCAUCUCAACACCUUUGGAUUCUUCAAGGAUGGAUUCAUGUCGGUCAACGUUAGCAGCCUUUCUGUGAGGAGCGAAGAGUCCGUUGGCAAGGACAGUAUUGGAUUUAGCUUGGAUCGGACAAAGAACGAUGGAUUCUCCUCCUACUUGGAUGAAGAUAUGGAGUACUGUAUCUUUAAAAAGGAUUUGAGCCAGUUGGUGUCCGUUACUCUUUUAAUCGUAGACUUUUCAAAGAAUAUAGUAAAAAUAAGGUCGCCUCCAGAAGCUGGCACCCAGUUACCUAAAAUUAUCUUCACAAAUGCAAAAGUUUAUCAAGAUCUCAGUGAUCCUAAGGAUCCCAUGGUGACUAACCAAACUCAUGAAAAACAAGAUAGUGGGAGGUCCAUGCGCAGUACAGAGGAUUUAAAGACCUCGGUAGAGAAAUCCUAUUCUGUUUAUAACAACAAAGGAGCCAUUUCAUUUCAGUUUUCUUUCAAUAUCAGCAUUGAUGACCAAGAAGGUCUCUACAGUCUUUACUUCCACAAAUGUCUUGGGAUCGACAAGCAGAGGAGCGACCCAAGGUUCCCUUUCAGCCUUGAUAUCAAGAUCACCGAGAAGAAUCCCGAUAGUUACCUCUCAGCGGGCGAAAUUCCUCUUCCCAAGCUCUACGUUUCCAUGGCGCUGUUCUUCUUCCUCUCUGGGACCAUCUGGAUUCAUAUUCUCCGCAAGCGCAGGAAUGACGUUUUCAAGAUUCACUGGUUGAUGGCAGCUCUUCCUUUCACCAAGUCUCUGUCCUUGGUGUUCCACGCGAUUGACUACCACUACAUUUCCUCUCAGGGGUUUCCCAUCGAAGGCUGGGCUGUAGUUUACUACAUCACUCAUUUAUUGAAAGGCGCGCUGCUGUUCAUCACAAUCGCACUAAUCGGCACCGGCUGGGCUUUCAUCAAACACAUCCUUUCGGAUAAAGACAAAAAGAUCUUCAUGAUAGUUAUUCCACUGCAGGUCCUGGCAAAUGUGGCCUAUAUCAUCAUAGAGUCAACAGAGGAAGGGACGACCGAUUAUGGGCUGUGGAAAGAUUCCCUCUUUCUAGUGGAUCUGCUCUGCUGCGGGGCCAUCCUCUUCCCGGUGGUGUGGUCAAUAAGACACUUACAAGAGGCCUCAGCAACAGAUGGGAAAGCUGCUAUUAACCUAGCAAAACUGAAACUCUUCAGACAUUACUACGUCUUGAUCGUAUGUUACAUUUAUUUCACACGAAUCAUUGCCAUUCUCCUCAAGCUUGCCGUCCCGUUCCAGUGGAAAUGGCUGUACCAGCUCCUGGAUGAAAUGGCCACGCUGGUGUUCUUUGUCCUAACUGGGUAUAAAUUCCGCCCAGCAUCUGAUAAUCCAUAUCUGCAGCUGUCUCAGGAAGAUGAUGACUUGGAAAUGGAAGCUGUGUAA